AAACAAGCAAAUGUCCAAUGAAUACGAGUGACUGAUGUAUAUUCAUAGCGAAAAAAUUUACUUACGUGUUGUAAUUGAAAAUUGUUUUAGAUAAAUUAUUACUGAAAUCACUAUGAUUAUUUUUAUGCCUUGACAUUGUUCGCGAGUGAUAAAGUGUUGAAUAUAGUCGUUUUAAUAUAUCAUUGACAUUAGAGUGAAGUGCCUAAUUUGAACAUGGAGGCUGUAGCAAAACACGAUUUUAAUGCGACCGCUGAUGAUGAACUCAGUUUUAAGAAGAACCAAGUUCUUAAAAUACUUAAUAUGGAGGACGAUAUGAACUGGUACAGGGCUGAACUAGACGGCAAAGAAGGACUUAUCCCUAGUAAUUAUAUUCAGAUGAAAAGUCACAGCUGGUACUACGGUAGGAUUACAAGAGCAGACGCCGAAAAGUUGUUAGCAAAUAAACCAGAAGGUGGAUUUCUUAUAAGGAUCAGUGAAUCAAGCCCGGGAGACUUCUCGUUAUCAGUCAAAUGUCCUGACGGUGUGCAACACUUCAAGGUGCUCCGCGACGCCUCAAGCAAGUUCUUCCUGUGGGUGGUGAAGUUCAACUCGCUGAACGAGCUGGUGGACUACCACCGCACCGCCUCCGUCAGCCGCCUGCAGGAUGUCAAGCUGAGGGACGUGGUGCCUGAGGAGAUGCUGGUGCAGGCGCUGUACGACUUCACGCCGCAGGAGGCGGGCGAGCUGGAGUUCCGCCGCGGCGACGUCAUCACCGUCACCGACCGCUCCGACCAGCACUGGUGGCAGGGCGAGAUCGCUCACCGGCGCGGCUUGUUCCCGGCUUCGUACGUGACGGCCUACCACUCGUAUUCAUAGAGCUUGUAAGUACGCCACUGAGGCAUCGCCCCGUGGCGCCGCACUGUGGCAGCGCCCCCCGGCUCCGCCCCUGUGGCAGCGCCCCAGGCGCCCUGUGGCGUCGCCCUCCGGCGUACACCUAGGCCCCUGUAUUGGCCCCCCCGCUAUAUUAUACAAACAAUCCUCUAGGAGUUUAGUAUGCGGACACGGUAACAUGACAAAAUAUAUAAGAUGCUAAUACGAAUAUUUACGAAUGUUUCUGUCCUUGUCUAACGUUCUGUAAGUCAUUUGAAAGAUUAGGACAGCAGUGUAUGCUUAUUAAAGGUAGGCAAAUAUUAUUAUUAGCAAUGCCCGUUUGCUCCAGUCUGGGGUAUGUCAAAAUUGUAUGCCUUUUCCUUCAUUAGUAAGAAGAACGAAAGGUAAUAUCAUGAAUCAUGAUAUAACCGAGGAUUAACUUUAACCCAGACUAGAGCAACGGGCUUUGAAUUCCAUUUGUAAGGCACAAAAUCGUAUUACUGUAUGUCUACGACAAGAACUUGUCUCUUGUAAGAGCGAGAAAGGUGAUGGCAUCAAUGUCUUCUCCUUCUCGCUUUAGAAAUUCGUAACUUAGCUUAAGACAUUUUAAUAAAAAUAAUUAAGAUGUAUGUAACCGUAUGAUCGCGAAAGUCAUGUUACUGUGUGCGCUAUAUAUAGACACAAUACAGAGAAAACGAGUUUCGGACGUAUCCUUAAUAGACAGAGAUCAAAAACAUGUCUAUCAAAAAAGUGAAGAAAUUAAAAAGUGGCAACA